GUUCUUAAAAAAAUUACUGUUUCCCAUUUUCCUUUUUCUAAGUUACAAUACGAUUGGAUGAAACUAUUCGCUUAAUGAAGAGCUCGAUUUAUUAUUAUAUCAUAUGGCAUGAGUUGUGGUUGUACAGUUCUGUACAAGAAGCCGGUUAAAUUCUAACUUGAUAUUGAUAAAUCUUUAGAAAAGCAGAUAAAAAAUGGUCGAGGAACAACAGAAACGAGUUGAGGAGCAUACUAGCAGAAUAGUAGAAGAAAUUGAUAGAUCAAUGAGAAAGAUGAAGGGUGAAGCGUACAGAUGUGCUGCGACUUGUUGUGAUAACGAAACUUAUAGUAUACAACGAGUUCAAAACUGUGUAAAAAACUGCAAUAGUUCUUUGGACGAAGCUCAAGAAUAUGCUAGAGAAGAACUGGAAAGGGUUCAAAAUCGGUUGCAAAGGUGUGUUAUGGAUUGUAAUGAUAGAAUAAAAGAUGCAGCGGGACCAAAUCCAUCACAGCGUGAUGUGGAAAAAUAUAGUGAAAUAUUUGACCAGUGUGUAAAAAAAUGUGUGGAUCACUAUUGCGACACAUUGCCUAUUUUACAAAAAACAAUGAAAAAUGUUUUAUCUGAGAAAAAGUAUCUUCGUUCACAUAAAUAAAACUUACUGCAAAUA